AUGGAUACGACCAAGAUAGCACCUGUCGUUUGGAUCAACGGAUUUCCAGGCUGCGGAAAGCUUACCAUCGCCUCCGUUAUGAAGAUCCUACAUACCGACAUGAUCCUCCUGGACAACCACAAGCUGAUCGACCCCGUGGAAGCAAAGUUCCAACGAAGUCACCCAGAGUAUCAAAAAGAACGGCAUCGAUAUCGGCAACACAUCUCCAGGGAAUACGUCAGUAACCCGGCUACGUUAUCGCAAGUCGUCGUUUUCACCGGGCAAAAGGUUGCGGAAGAGUAUCGGGAAGCAGCGAGACAGGCUGGACGUCCGUUCAAGCCUGUCUAUAUUCUUUGCGAUGUCGAGGAAAACAUCAGGCGAGUUGCUGCUGCUGGACGCGUUAACGGUAGUGCCAAAAAGCUCACUGAUCCUGAACGUCUGAGGGAUUUCAGGGAGAGAUGCGACAUAUUUCGAUUUGAUGGUUGCGAUGGGUUAAGCCUCGACACGACUGACAGUACGCCUGAAGAAGUAGCUAGGGAGAUACUUCAGUUUGUGAAGGAAAGAUGA